AUGGCUGAGAAAUUCUGUACUGGGUUGAGACAUGAGAUACGCAUGACGCUGGCUAGCCACGGAGGACUGUCCUACACUGAGGCUCUGGGACGAGCACUGGACAUCGAGGCAACCAUGCCAGGGGAAAAGACUGCCCCAGCUAUGAAUCCUACUCAGUCCCAACCAUCUAGGGACAAGAGAAAGUGGGAAGGACCACGAGCUCAACCUGAUUUAAAAAGAGGAGGUUACGGACCAAGCACGCCACAAUAUGGUGGAUACCAAGUUGGAUCAUUCCAAGGGAAUGUGUCAGGACCCAGUCCGUGUCCUAGAUGCAACAGGCUGCAUGGAGGCACCUGCAAGGCAGGGGCUGAUACCUGUUUCAACUGCGGGAGAGCUGGACAUUUUGCUAAGAACUGUCCAAGCAAGAACUCAGGGACAAGAGCAAGACCUAACCCGUCAGCUCAGCGCCCGCAACUGCGCGCAAUGAAUGUCCAGGAUGGAUCAAAUUCAUAG